GCGCAAGCGAGACCUGCAGUGCCGGGCGGAGAGGGGAAACGCGAGGUCGGGCGAGGAGCCGGCGGCGGAGAGGGAGGCCGUCUGACCUGCCUCCUGGCCAUGUACAUUCCGUGCCAGCCCGCUCCAAAUAAAGCUAUGGGGCUGGGACGCUGCCUCCCGCUUCCUCAAACCCUAUAAAUACUCACCCGGCCCCGAAGACCCGCUCGGGUGGCUUCUGGUCUGCCUGCCCCCCGCUCAGAAGAGCAGCCGCCGCGGGAAGGGAAAGCCAAGCCAAGGCAGCGCAGCCCAGCCCGAGCGCCCCUCCUCCCAGCCAAGCCGGCGAGAUGCCCCGAGUAGAUGCAGAUCUCAAACUGGACUUUAAAGAUGUCUUGCUCAGACCUAAGCGGAGCAGCCUCAAAAGCAGAGCAGAGGUAGACCUUACACGUACCUUCACGUUCCGUAACUCCAAGCAAACCUAUACAGGCAUCCCCAUUAUUGUAGCAAAUAUGGACACUGUGGGCACUUUUGAAAUGGCACAAGUUAUGGCUAAAUACACAAUGUUUACCGCAAUACACAAGCAUUACUCUCUAGAACAGUGGAAGCUGUUUGCAAGUGAUCACCCAGAAUGCCUAGAGCAUAUAGCAGUGAGUUCAGGCAGUGGGAUGGCUGACUUCGAGAAGCUGAUAAAUAUCAUUGAAGCUAUUCCCCUUAUCAAGUACAUCUGCCUGGAUGUGGCCAACGGUUAUUCAGAACACUUUGUGGAAUUUGUGAAAGCUGUCCAUGUCCAGUUCCCAAAGCACACCAUCAUGGCAGGCAAUGUAGUAACAGGAGAGAUGGUGGAAGAACUUCUUCUGUCUGGAGCAGACAUCAUUAAAGUAGGAAUUGGACCAGGUUCUGUGUGCACUACUCGGAUAAAAACUGGGGUUGGCUAUCCACAGCUCAGUGCAGUAAUUGAAUGUUCAGAUUCUGCCCAUGGACUGCAGGGACAUAUCAUUUCAGAUGGAGGAUGCAGCUGCCCAGGAGAUGUAGCCAAGGCUUUUGGAGCUGGUGCUGAUUUUGUGAUGCUGGGGGGCAUGUUUGCAGGACAUGAUCAAUGUGCUGGCGAGGUUAUAGAAAAAAAUGGUAAAAAAGUGAAGCUCUUCUAUGGAAUGAGCUCUGACACUGCUAUGAAGAAGCACGCAGGCGGCGUUGCAGAAUACAGAGCCUCAGAGGGCAAAACAGUGGAAGUACCCUACAGAGGAGAUGUAGAAAAUACUAUCCGUGACAUCCUGGGUGGUCUCCGUUCUACUUGUACCUACGUGGGAGCUGCCAAACUCAAAGAGCUUAGUCGAAGGACAACCUUUAUUCGGGUAACUCAGCAGCACAGCCAAAUCUUUUCUUAGCCAAAGAAGAAAACACUGGGUCUUUGGAGAUGUGAAAUUUGCUAAGUUCUCUUUCUCCUCCACCUCUUCUUCUUCUUCUUCUUAAUUUGUAGGAUGGGAAGGUGAUUAUAUAGCUUCUGCCGACAUAUUCCAAGCUAGGAAAGAAGCAGGUUGCUUAAUACCAUUAUUGUAGUGGUGUGGGCCUGAUGAGGACAAGCCGUAAACUGCCUCUAUGUCCAUGAUUAUGUUUUUGUUCAGAAUUCAGUGGUAUUCUUUUUAUAGCCUUGUCUAUGUAAGAAAUCUAGUUUGAUCUUUAAGAACAGCCCAUCGUAGGGACCUAGAUCUCCAUUCAUAAAGCAUUUGUCUGUUGGAUCAGCCCUGUAACCAGUAUAAGCAAAGCCAUUCAGGGUUUUAUAUUCAGAGUUUCAACUGCUCCUGCAAUGUGUGGUGAAAGUCAGAAGACCAGGAGAGCAGCUCUGAAGCCCAGAAAACCCUUGCUGCAUGGAUACGGCCCCAGCAUGCCAGCCUGCCUUAGAAUAGCACUUACGUAAUGAAGAAAUGCUGUUUUAUUUUCACAGAGGCAUCAAGUGCCCAAUUUUUAAUGUGUGAUUAUAUGAAAGUUCUUAAAAUGGUUGAUUAAAUAGUUACACUCAAUUUAUUGUAAUGCUUUGUUAGGGAAUAGGUUUCAACAUUACAAAUGGAGAUACCCUUUCUGUUCAUUCAUGUCAUUUUAAAGAAGAAACAUGUAAGCUAAUGAUGGUGGCUAACUUUCUCAAAUGCCUUUGGGCAAAGACGGAGAAGGCACUACAGCUCCACAUCUGAGCCUACUGUGCAGAGCCAAAUUAGAAAAAAAAAACCCAUUCAUCAAAAAAAGAUCAAGUGCUUUCAAAAACUACAAAACGGAAGUAGAGACGUUUCUCUGUAAAUUGAGCAGUCUCAGGUACAGGUUGACUAACUCCAGUGAAAUUCAAUUCAUAAGCAUUGGGCAGGAAAAUCAGGUUUAACUAUCAGGCCCCCGUGUGCAGCCCUUUUACUUACUUGUGCAUGUAAUAUGUAUCACUGCAUUCAUUUCUAUUAAAGAAGAUUCAACAUC